GGCAGCCAGUAGCAUGGACAUCUGGGAGAGCAGCAUUCCAGGUAGAAGAAAUGGCAGGUGCCGAAAUAAGACUGAUGGGCACCGAGGAGACCGGUGAAGCCAGAGUGAAUCGAGGCUGAGUGGGGGCGAGCAGGGACAGGACUUUAACAGGGAGAGCAGGAGCCCCGCGCCGGCGCAGAUAACGCAGACUGGCCUGGGCCUUCCGCAGCUGGUUCCGAGGUGCCAGCCCCUCGGCGUUAGUUCAUGGAGGGGCGCGUGAGCCCCGUGGGCUCGUCCCACAGAAUCCCCGCCGCGGCCGUGCUGUUCCGCGGCCCUGUGGAGCCUGUCGUCUUCCUGGCCAACUUUGCUCUGGUCCUGCAAGGCCCGCUCACCACGCAGUACCUGUGGCACCGGUUCAGCACCGAGCUCGGGUACAAUGGCACCCGCCACCGGGGGAACUGCGGGAACCAAAGCGCGGAUCCCAUCAUGCAGGAAGUGGAAACCCUGACUUCCCACUGGACCCUCUACAUGAACUUGGGAGGCUUUCUGGUGGGACUUUUCUGGUCCACCCUUCUGGGAGCCUGGAGUGACCGCGUGGGUCGCCGCCCGCUGCUGGUGCUGUCCUCUCUUGGCCUGCUGCUCCAGGUUGUGGUGUACAUCUUUGUGGUGCAGCUACAACUGCACGUCGGCUUCUUCGUGCUUGGCCGAGUCCUCUGUGCCCUUCUAGGAGACUUCAAUGGCCUCCUGGCCGCUAGCUUUGCCUCUGUGGCGGAUGUCAGCUCUAACCACAGUCGCACCUUCCGCAUGGCUCUGCUGGAAGCAUGCAUUGGUGUGGCUGGGACCCUGGCAAGCCUUCUCGGGGGUCAUUGGCUCCGGGCCCAGGGUUAUGCCAACCCCUUCUGGCUGGCUUUGGCCCUGCUGAUCGUCAUGACUCUGUAUGCAGCAUUCUGUUUUGGUGAAACAGUGAAGGAGCCAAAGUCCACCAGGCUUUUCACGCUCCAACAUCACCGAGCCAUUGUCAAGCUGUAUGCGGUCCCAGCACCAGAGAAGUCCAGGAAGCAUAUAGCACUGUACUCGCUGGCCAUCUUCGUCGUGAUCACUGUGCACUUUGGGGCUCAAGACAUCCUGACACUCUAUGAGCUGAGCACGCCCCUCUGCUGGGACUCCAAGCUGAUUGGCUAUGGCUCCGCAGCCCAGCACCUACCCUACCUCACCAGCCUGGUGGGCCUAAAACUUCUGCAGUACUGCCUGGCAGACACCUGGGUGGCUGAGAUUGGCCUGUCCUUCAAUAUCCUGGGCAUGGUAGUCUUUGCAUUUGCUGCCACCACACCCCUCAUGUUCACAGGGUAUGGGCUGCUUUUACUGUCUUUGGUCACUACACCUGUCAUCCGGGCCAAGCUGUCCAAGCUGGUGAGCCAGUCAGAGCAGGGAGCUCUCUUUUCCGCGGUGGCCUGUGUGAAUAGCUUGGCCAUGUUGAUGGCCUCCGGCAUCUUCAACUCACUCUACCCAGCCACUCUGAAUUUCAUGAAGGGUUUCCCCUUCCUCCUGGGAGCUGGCCUCCUCUUCAUCCCGGCCAUUCUGAUUGGGGUACUGGAGAAGGCUAGUCCACACCCUGAAUUCCAGCAGUUUCCUCAGAGUUCCUGAUCUGCCAGAGGCUAUGAGCAAGAGUGGACCCACACCAGCCGGCCUUCUGAAGGCAGUACUCGCUUUUGACAGGGUUGUCAAGCCAGUUAUGGACACCACCUGUUCUCCCACUGAGCCAGUCCCUGCAUGGGAUCUGUAGUCUAACCAGGACAGGCACACUCAGGGCAGGCUGCAGGGGGCCAUCUGAGGCAAGGGUUUCUUCGCCCUUUAAGCCAUUCAUCAUUCAGAAGCCUCCAGAGUGACAGAGAUGGUACGUCAGGGACCAAGUGAAGCAUGAGACCUGACCUCUCCUUUAAGCCCAUGGUACUAGGUCCCCGAUGGUCUCCAGUCGCCCCUAAUGAUAGGUAUGAUACCAGGGGGAGUAUUGCCCCAGAGGGAGCAGCACUGUCUGUGGCUGGGAGUCAGCGCUUAACCUCAGUCUAUGCAUUCUUUUUGUUUUGUUUUGUCUUUCAAGACAGGGCUUCUCUGUGACUUUGGAGGCUGUCCUGGAACUAGCUCCUGUAGACCAGGCUGGUCUCAAACUCACAGAGAUCCUCCUGUCUCUGCCUCCCGAGUGUUGGGAUUAAAGGCAUGUGCCACCACCGCCCAGCAGCCUAUCCACUCAGCCUACACACCCUUGACCUCAGCCGUGUCAUUUGUCACAGUAAAUCAUUUGAGUUAGACUGAAGAGUCACUGGACUUUGGGUCUUUCUGUCUUCUUGCUCUUGGCCUGUUUGGCACAGUCAGACACCAGCACCACUCAUCUGGAGUUCUUAAGUUGCCUGUGGGGUUGGAACCCAGCUUGUCCCUCCAAACUCCAACUGUCUAAGCUGCUGAGGGGUGAAAGGCUGUGAGUCCUCAUCAGAGCAGUGGAGACACUUAGGCCCAAGCUCUGGCGGCUCCUUCCUGUGGGAUCUCUUUUGGCUGCCAUUUGGUCCUCCCACGAAACUUGCUGCUGAGCAGGGCCAUGCACUGAGACCAUCCUCCCUGCUUCCGUGAGUGAAUGGAGGUUGGAAAGGCCUGGGCCUAGAGCUCAAAGGCAGGCCUGACCUAUUGUGAGCAGCCCUCUCCAGUCCGACCCACAGUGGGAGCUUUGUGAUUCUUCAAACUGUCUGGGAGAGCUAGACCCUGCAUCUGCACCUACUCUGCAGGGCAGUCUCCCGGCUGGAAACCAUGUAGGUGCAACAGAAGUCUCCCAGGGAAAACAAAGGCAGCAGGCUCCAUCCUGCUGCCACACCCCUGCCUCGCUGCCCCUCUGGAGACUGGAACAAAGCAAGACAUGGCCUUCCCUGACCUUACCGCUGUGAGGCGGGAAAGGCUCCACUCUGGCACCUUGAUCUUGAAUAAACCUAGUGAAAAUUG